CUUGCGCUCUGGUCCGCCCUUACCAUCCCUCUAGCCUGCCUGAACUCACUUCUCACCAUGUCGUCGACAAAAUACCUUGAUCCGAAGACUGCGAUUGCACACCUCGAGACGUACAAGAGGUCUGAUGGCUUGUCUAUCUCUGAACUCAUGAACUCCGAGAAACAUGGCGGGCUCACGUACAAUGACUUUCUCCUUUUGCCUGGCAAGAUUGAUUUCGCAGCUCCGGAUGUCGUGACAGAUACACGUAUCACGCGGAACGUGGUGCUCAAGACACCGUUCAUGAGUAGCCCCAUGGACACGGUCACUGAAGGGGAGAUGGCCAUUGCAAUGGCGCUGUUAGGGGGUAUAGGUGUGAUUCACCAUAAUCAGCCAGCAAGCGCACAAGCAGCGAUGGUCCGAGCCGUGAAGCGCCACGAGAACGGAUUUAUCACCGAUCCGGUCGUACUCUCUCCUAAUCACAUCGUCGAGGAUGUGCUUGACGUGAAAUCGCGCCUUGGUUUCAGCGGUAUUCCCAUAACUGACACCGGGGCCCUUGGCGGAAAGCUACUCGGCAUUGUUACAAAUCGCGAUGUGCAGUUUCGAGAACCCUCGACGCCACUGGCUGAGGUUAUGACCAAGUCCCUCGUCACUGCUCCGGAAGGCGUUACGCUACAGCAGGCUAACGACAUUCUGCGUGAUUCAAAAAAGGGAAAGCUACCGAUCGUCGAUCGGGAAGGCAAUCUUGUCGCACUUCUUGCCCGCUCAGACCUUCUUAAGAACCAGACGUAUCCACUCGCAUCAAAAUUGCCCGAGAGUAAGCAGCUUUAUGCGGCGGCCGCAAUCGGUACUCGGCCUGCAGAUCGCACUCGUCUGGCAUUACUUGUAGAUGCAGGGCUCGAUAUUGUCGUACUCGACUCCUCGCAAGGUAACUCGAUUUUUCAAAUCGAGAUGAUUGAGUGGAUCAAAGCGACAUACCCGAAUCUCGAAGUCAUUGCUGGAAACGUCGUUACGCGCGAACAGGCGGCAUCCCUGAUUGCAGCAGGUGCGGAUGGUCUGCGCGUUGGCAUGGGUUCCGGCAGUAUUUGCAUUACGCAGGAGGUAAUGGCUGUUGGUCGGCCACAAGCAACUGCUGUAUACGCAGUAGCGGAAUUUGCGCGUCACUUUGGUGUGCCUGUCAUUGCGGACGGCGGAAUUAGCAAUGUAGGACAUGUUGUCAAGGCACUCGCUCUCGGUGCAGGAGCAGUGAUGAUGGGCGGUCUGCUAGCCGGGACAAGCGAGGCACCAGGCGAGUACUUCUACCAUGAAGGCAAACGCGUGAAAGCGUAUCGCGGGAUGGGAAGCAUUGAAGCGAUGGAACAGGGCAAACCUGGCUCGAAGCAUCAACAGAAGCAUCCCAAGGGCAGCGCUGCUGCGCAAGCUGUGCAGGAGAAUGCAGCGACUUCGCGUUAUUUCAGCGAGGCCAGUGCAGUGAAAGUCGCUCAGGGUGUUUCGGGUGAUGUGCAAGACAAGGGUUCUGUGCGGCAGUUCCUGCCAUAUCUCCAUGCAGGAUUGCAGCACUCGCUUCAGGACAUCGGACGUCACAGCAUCGUAGAAAUGCAGCAGUCGGUUCAGCAGGAAAAGGUCCGGUUUGAGCUCAGAACCGCAAGUGCGCAAAUUGAGGGCGGCGUCCAUGGCCUACAUUCGUACACAAAAAGGCUAUUUGCUUGACUGACUCGCUCUGUGCUGGGCUUAUCUAAAGUCAUCUACGUAUCUACAUAACUGUGAUCAUAGGAUUAGAAUGCGUAAGGGUUAUCGGUGCUUGGUUGUAUGACGGUGUAAUGUAUAGCUAGAACAAACAAAAUGAUGAAA